AUGACAAGUGCUUCAGUGUUGGAUGAGUUAAGCUGUUCAAUCUGUCUAGAUCUACUGAAGGACCCGGUAACUGUUGCCUGUGGACACAGUUUCUGUUUGAAGUGCAUUAAAGGCUGCUGGGAUCAAGAAGACCAGAAGGGUGUUUACAGCUGCCCCCAGUGCAGACAGACCUUCACUCCAAGGCCUGUGCUGGGAAGAAACACAAUGCUGACUAAAGUUCUAGAGAAGCUGAAGAAGACUGAUCUGCAGUCUGAUGUUAAGGCUCCUUCCUAUGCCGGACCAGACGAUGUGGAGUGUGAUUUCUGUACUGGGAGAAAACAUAAAGCCAUCAAGUCAUGUCUAACAUGCCUGGUUUCUUAUUGUGAAGCUCACAUUCAGCCUCACUAUGAAGUACCUCGUUUUAGCAAGCACAAGCUGGUGAAUGCCACCUCACUACAGGAGAAGAUCUGCUCUCAGCAUGACAGGAUCAUUGAGGUGUUUUGUCGCACAGACCAGAGGUUAAUCUGUGUGAUGUGUUCCAUGGACAACCACGACUGGCAUAGAACAGUCUCAGCUGCAGCAGAAUGGACUGAGAAGCAGAAAACACUGCUGCAGAUGAAGGGGGAUAGCCAGAGUCAGAUCCAGCAGAAGGAGAAGGAGGUGGUGGAGGUGAAACAAGCUCUGAAGUCUCUGCAGGCCUUUACACAACAAGCUGUUGUGGACACUGAGAGGAUCUUCACUGAGCUGAUCAGCUUCAUGGAGGAAAAGCGUUCUGAGGUGACCAAGUCGAUCAGAGCUCAGGAGAGGGCAGAGGUGAGUCGAGCUGAAGGACUCCUGGAGCAGCUGGAGCUGGAGAUCACUAAACUGAAGAGCAGAGAUGCUGAGGUGGAGAAACUUCAGCCAAUAGAAGACCCCGUUGAUUUCAUUCAGAGUUUCCAGUCACACUUCACCCACCCAUAUGUGGCUAAGGCCCUUCCCCAGGUCACUUUUCAACCACAGUUCCUCUUCAGUGAAGUGAUGACACUGGUGGUUCCGUCUCUGAAAAAGAAAACAGAAGAGUUUCUCUUGGCAAUAAAAAAAGUUCUGGGUUCAGCGUACGUCUUUGUCAACUUUCCUGAAUGCUCUGACUGGCAUGGAGUCCCCUCGGAGAUGGAGCUGGUCAUCUGA